GUGUGACCGGGAGGGCGGGGCUUCACCUUGGUCUCCAAACUGAACGCCGACCUGUUCUCAAAGGACCUUCUGCCUUCCCGAGUGAGCAACAGAAAGCAAAUCGCUUCCAGCCGACACCAUGCCUGAGACUGCAGAAUCCCACUCCCACACUCUGACCACCAACCGCAACUGCACCAUCGAGCUCACCAAUGUCACCACCAACUACUGUCUCGCCCGCCCAAGGGUUUACAUGGAGAGUGGCUUCGUCUUCAACCCCCCGCAGCCCACUGUGCGAACUGGCAAAACCGAGGUUUGCUCUUUUGUCAAAGACGACCACACGGCAUCGGGCGCUGUGGGCGUCCUGACCUACCAGCUGUUCGACAUGCGCAGCCGCCAAGGUACCGAGAUGAUGGCAAUCAUGUUCUCUGUGCCGUUUGACUACAACUUCUACAAGAACUGGAUGGCGAUCGGCGCCUACGAGUCCUCAGUGGACACCGACGAAAAGCUGUACAAAGAAAUGUACAAUAGCAAGGAUCAGACCAACUUUGUUCGCCAGGAGGCCAACGGCUGCGGGGUGUUGUUCAGAGCGAGGGAGGUGGACCUGAGGGCCUGCAUGUCCAACGAGGGCAAGGCCAUCAUCAAGAUGGAGCUGUACGACAGGAUGGGCUGAUGAAUGUGUUCGUAACGCUGAGAAGAUGAAACCUGUCGAUGCAGAUAUUCCUAAAAGCACUCUGUCAUCCUUCCACUGUAUCGGUGCUUUCAAUGAAUAAAAAACAGUUCAAUCCA